UUGGAAGAGGAAAAAGGUUUCCCCAAAAAAUAAAAAAUAAACCAUCGGAUAUGCCGAAGACCUCCUCGUCGCCUUCCCCCACCGUCUCCCCCAUGAAUCCCCUCCUCCCCUCCUCCUCCUACCUCAAAUCCCACCACCCGCCGGACCCAGACCCGAGCUCCCCGAACCCUAGCCCGUGCAGCUACCUCCUCCAUGUCGACGCCGACGACGAGGCGCUGAUCCAAAUCCACGGCCCGAACCCUAGCUCCGGCGUCGCCUCCUCCCUCGCGCUGCCGCACGUCGACCCGACGCCGCACAUCUCCUCGCAGUUCUACACCUUCACCGCUGCCUCCCAUGCGCUCAUGCUGCGGUGCCUCCUCGCGGGCCGCCCCGCCGCCGCCGAGGAGGUCCGCGCCGCCACGGCGCCCUCCGUGCUCGCCUCGUGGCGGGCGGUGUGGAAGGACCGGAACGAGGAUACCGCCUACCUCACCGCGUGGAAGCGCAUCCAGGACAAGCUCGCAGCUUCGGCCGACGGGAGGUAUCUCCAGUUCAAGUCCAACCCCGCGCAGCGCGUCUCGCAUGUCGGCCAGUGGCAGGACAUAGUCUCGGAGGCGCAUGCCGACCCAGACCUGCUCCGCCACCUCGGGCUCAAGGACACCGUUGACCGUAUCAGGCAGUCGUGGACUGUGGGGGCCAAAUUCUACGGUAUUCCCGAAUCAUUCGUCCGUGUAUGUGUUGCUGCCUGCCCUGUUUGUAAGGCUGCACCUGCUGGAUUGCCUGAUUCUGCUAUCUCAUCCCCUGGACGAGGUAAGCGGCGCCGCCGGUUUGAAUAUACAGAGACGCUGGAUGUGCCUGCGCGAGAUGUGCCACGCCGGCUACAGCAGUUAGCUGCCAAGCAUAAGGUGGUCCUCUGUAUUAGGCAGAAGUAUAUAAGGUAUAAGCCGUUCAUGGCUGAAGUGAAGGAUUAUGCGUGCCAUCGAGCUGGGGUACCAACUUCAAGUAAUGGGAAUUCUGCAUCCUCUUCAGCUAGUGCCUCCGAGGCGAAGAAGACACGGGGGCUGAAGCGCGAGCCAUACCAGUCGAAGAGGUGCGGCUGUGGGUUCCGUAUUCGGGCCAUAGUGCCCAUAGCCAAUUAUAACGAGAAAGACAAAAGUUUUGUAUAUCAGGAGGAAGGCACUGCAGUGUUCAAGCUUUACGCGGUGCACUCGGGGCAUGAACCUGGGCCACUUGAUGGCAGUGCUCGAAUUGUUCACAGAUUAGUUGGACAUAAGGGCACAUUUGAGUUUGAUCCAGAUAUUUAUGAUGUCAAUGAGGAAGCUGAUCCUAACUUUACGAUUAAGGGAGAUAUAUAUGUUGAUAUUGACGACUCGCAUCAGGCAGUCUUGCAGCAAGUCCGGGAUCUCAGAGCAGAGGUGGUCUCUUUAGAAGGGAAGGUGGUUAAGAUGCACCCCGAACUGUUGGGUUCUCUUUCCAGUGAGCUAUCUGAGGUUUUACACAGGAUUAGGAAGUUUACUUUGGAUGGCAAUACCUACCAACCAGAGGAGACAUUGAUGAUGGGCAAUGAGGUUGUUGGCGGAUGGGGGACUGAUGAUGUGGCCCACCACUUAGAUCAUCAUGACGGUGCAUUCUGCAAGGAUGAUGAAAUACUUGAUGACGAUGACACUGAUUUUGGUUCGAGCCUCGGGCCUAUUGUCUCGUGGGAUAGAAUGGCAGCUGAGUGUGAGGAUAGAAAGAUGCUAAUGGGUGAUAGCCCAAAGUGUGAUAAGUGGAUGCUCAAGGAUAAUGCUGGUGACUUUGAUGAAAAGAGUAUUCUUAACUGUGGGGAUGAUGAUGGCGUUGAGGAUUCGAAGAUUAUUAAGCCACUGAUGCAUGAUGAAACCAUGGUAACCGACUCAAGUUUGUUAGGUCUACAUGUCGAUGGAUUCUACUCCGUGCCCAAGUGGUAUGAUUCACCCGUAGGUUUGGAUUCCAGCGGCGAUGCAGGAGAUGCCAGUUUUAGACAUGGACUCGUGUGAGAUUUGUGAUCCGCCCCUGAUACUAGGAAGGUCUUGUAUAUUCUGUAUACUAGAAGGUCAUAAGCUUGCACCAAUUUAAUGUAGUGUCUGUAGGUGCAUCUUCAAAGUAGCCUAUCUUCCCUGAUAUACAUUCUGAUUAAUCAAUUCAACCUUUUUAACUUGUGUAUAGUGCAUUUGUUGAUUACUAUCUUGUUUCAAGACAUUUGAGCUUUGGCUC